AUAUAUGAUGGCAGUUCUUUUUUUGAUAGGCAAAGGUAUUGAAAAAUCUAAUGUGAUAAAUGAAUUAUUAACUAAAUUAGAGGGUAAACCAAAUUAUUAAAUGGCAUCUCAUUAUCCUUUGGUUAUAUUUGAUUGUUAAUUUAAAUAAGAAUUAUGGAAUCUUAAUUUAGAAUGUCAUACUCAAUUUAUUCAAGGUGUAUAUGAAAAUUUAAGAGAAACACUUUCCAAAAAAUAUAUAGAAUAUUUGCAUUUUUAUUCUAUGGGAGCUGCUUUAUUAAAAGUUCCUGUCCCAGAUAAUAAAAACAAAAUUGAUGAAAAAAAAUCACUUAUAUUUUAAAAAUCAGGAGAUACUGUUGAAGGAACUAUAUAAAAUUUAAAAGGAAAAAGAAUAGAAAAAUAUGAUAUUAAAAUUCAAAAAGUUAAAGAAUAUUAAGAAAGAUGUUUACAAAAAAAUUAAUUUGAAAAUUAAUGAU